ACUUCGGGCUCGUGGGGGCCGCUUGUCAUUCUUCGGCAUGCACUACUGCCUGCUUGCUUUUAUCGCGCGCAGUCAUGUGUGUACGGAUAGUGCAGUAGUACCGGAGCUCGAGCAUUCAGUACGUCGGCGUCGCUCUCCCGUCGGACGCGGUCGCUCGAGGCGCUACGGUCUGCGGUAAAUUCUAAACGUGCAUCAUCCUGUUCAUCCCCACGAGCCUCCGCUGAAACGUUGCAGUUGCGCUCUGGACAUUUUAGCUCGUGUUAAUUCUCUCCCAAACGGGCGACCGGUUACCGGUUACCGGUUACUACUACGUCUCAUAGAGCGAUUCAUUUCCACGGCGGGACCUGUCACGCGGGCAUCUGUCUUCAGAAUGGUUACAUUACCAGGGAACUUCCUCUGACAAGCUGCAGGUCCAUAACUGCCACCUGGCUAACAAAGUGGCGUCAACAUUCCUGCCUGUAGGAGGUGCUGGUCUCUGCUGAGCCUCCCUGCUGGCAUUUCAUCAUGUGCCACGUAAUCUUAUGCAAGACGGUGAAACGCAGACAAUAAGCAGAUUCACAGCAGCUGAACACCAUCCUUCUCCCCCUUUUGAUGUGGACAUUUAAGACAAGCUCAGCAUGGAAGCGAAGGAGCGCCGACCGUACCGAUCCCUGACCGCCCGGCGAGACGCCGAGCGCCGAUACACCAGCUCAUCCGCUGACAGUGAGGAUGGCAAGAUCAACCCCAAGUCCUACAGCUCCAGCGAGACCCUCAAGGCCUUCGACCAGGACCCUCGGCUGACCUACGGAGGUCGCGUGAAAGAGCUGGUACACCACGAGGUGGACGAGGUCACCAGGCAGGGGACAGAUUUCUCUUUGCGAGACUUGGCCUUUGGCCAGCCUGUGGCCCCCCACAUGGCAGCGUACCGGCCAGACAUGGGGAUGCUCCGCCGCGACUACUCCGUUAGCCUGGGCUCCGACGCAGACACGGAGACAGAUGGGAUGGCUUCCCCGGAGCACGCCGUCAGACUCUGGGCUCGCAACAACACCAGGUCGGCCCGGAGUUCCUGCCUGUCGAGCAGAGCCAACUCCAACCUGACCCUCACGGACACGGAGCACGAGAACACAGAGAACGACGGCUCUUUUCAGAACCACUCCAGGACUCGCACACCACCCCUCCCGCUACCACACUCCCACUCACCUAACCACCAGCACCUCACCUCGCUGGGCUCGCUCAGUCACUGCAGCUACGCCCCACGCAGCAGCUCCAGCCCUGCCCCCACUGACAGCUAUGCCCCACGCAGCAAUGCCAGCCCUGCUCCCACCGAGAGCUACGCCCCACGCAGCAAUGCCAGCCCCACCACCACCGACAGCACUGCCGCCCCCGAGGGGCCCUCCAGCACCCAGGACUCUGGCAGUGCCCAGGACAACUGGCUCCUCAACAGUAACAUUCCUCUGGAGACCAGAAGCAUAGCACAGCAGACAUUCCUAGGGACUUUACAGGACAACAUUAUAGAGAUGGACAUACUGGCCACAGGUCGCCGUGACGAUGCUUACACAGACGGACACUUUCUUUUCAAGCCUGGAGCAUCGUCACCGCUGUACUGCACCACAUCGCCUGCUUACCCUCUGACCUCCAGCACCGUGUAUUCCCCCCCGCCCCGCCCCCUGCCUCGCACCGCCUUCGCCCGGCCUGCGUUCAGCCUGAAGAAGAACUCCAAGCACUGCAGCUGGCGCUGUGCUGCCCUCAGUGCCAUUGUUGUCUCCGUCAGCCUGCUGCUGCUGCUGCUGUACUUCAUAGUCAUGCACCUGUUUGGGUUGAACUGGCACCUGCAGCCCGUGCACAGGCAGCUGUUUGCGCAGUCUGAAGACAGUAGCCAUGGGGGGGCACUCUCCACAGACCUGGACCAACCACCCUUCAGCAAGACCGGCCUCCAGAUCCCAGACCGCACUGCCAAAGAUGAUGGCAAACCGGAUGGCCUGUUCCCAGAGGACAGCUUCAUAGAGAUGGGUGAGGUAGACAUAGGUCGUAAGGUCACACAACAGAUUCCACCCGGAAUCUUCUGGAGGUCACAGGUCUUCAUCGACCACCCGAUGUACCUGAAAUUCAACGUGUCCCUUAGUAAAGAUGCCUUGGUUGGGAUCUAUGGAAGGAGAGGUCUUCCACCAUCUCACACACAGUUUGACUUUGUGGAACUAUUGGAUGGCCGGAGGCUCUUGGCUCAGGGUUUUCCAGGUGUGGAGGGCAUGCCAGCCCUGCCCCAACCGCGGAGUCUCGUGCCCCUCAGCAGCCAUGCAACGGGCUUCAUCCAGUACAUGGACUCAGGCAUCUGGCAUCUGGCUGUGUACAAUGAUGGAAAGGAGACGGAGCAGGUGUCCUACCUCAGCACAGCGAUCGACUCGAUUGAUGACUGUCCCAGUAACUGUUUUGGUAAUGGAGACUGCGUAGCAGGAAUCUGCAACUGUUUCCUGGGCUUCAGAGGACUGGACUGCGGCAGGGCCUCCUGCCCAGUUCUUUGCAGUGGGAACGGUCAGUACCUGAAAGGCCGCUGUAUGUGCCACAGUGGCUGGAAAGGGCCAGAAUGUGACGUUCCCACCAACCAGUGCAUGGAUGUGACUUGCAGUGGCCAUGGGACGUGCAUCGUGGGAACCUGCAUCUGUAAUCCAGGAUACAAGGGAGAGCACUGCGAGGAAGUGGACUGUCUGGAUCCCACUUGUUCCGGGCGAGGUGUGUGUGUUCGUGGGGAGUGCCACUGUUUCAUAGGCUGGGGGGGCCCAGGCUGCGAGGGCCCUCGUGCCUCCUGUAUGGAUCAGUGCUCGGGCCAUGGGACCUUUCUGUCUGACACAGGCACCUGCAGCUGUGACCCCAACUGGACAGGACAGGACUGUUCUACAGAGCUUUGUGUAGCAGACUGUGGAGGCCACGGUGUGUGUGUGGCUGGCGGCUGUCACUGUGACGAGGGCUGGACGGGUGCAGCGUGUGAUCAGAGGGCGUGCCACCCCCGCUGCAGUGAACAUGGCACCUGCAGGGAUGGAAAAUGUGAAUGCAGCCCUGGCUGGAACGGAGAACACUGCACCAUUGCUCACUAUCUGGAUAAGGUAGUGAAAGAGGGCUGCCCCGGUCUGUGUAACGCCAAUGGCAGGUGCACACUGGGUAGUAAUGGCUGGUAUUGCGUGUGCCAGCUGGGUUGGCGAGGGACAGGAUGCGACACCUCCAUGGAGACGGCUUGCAGCGAUGCCAAAGACAACGAUGGAGAUGGCUUGUUGGACUGUAUGGACCCGGACUGCUGUCUGCAGGCGUCGUGCCACACCACCUCCCUGUGUGUGGGCUCCCCGGAUCCUCUUGAGAUCAUCCAGGAGACCCAGCUGUCCUCCAGCCCUAGCAGCCUGCAGUCCUUCUACCAGCGCGUGCGUUUCCUGGUGGGGCGAGACAGCACCCACGUUAUCCCUGGGGCCAGCCCCUUCCAAGCCAGACAUGCCUGUGUGAUCCGAGGACAGGUAGUGACCUCUGAUGGGACUCCACUGGUGGGAGUGAACAUCAGUUUCAUCAAUAACCCCACCUACGGAUACACUAUCACCAGACAGGACGGCAGCUUCGAUCUGCUGUCCAAUGGGGGCGUGGCCGUGGCGCUGCGUUUCGAGCGUGCCCCGUUCAUUACACAGGAGCACACUCUGUGGUUGCCAUGGUCGCGAUUCUUCGUCAUGGACACUGUCGUCAUGAGGCAUGAGGUCAACGACAUCCCCAGCUGUGACCUCAGCAGUUUGUCGCGGCCCAGCCCAAUAGUGGUGCCCGCCCCCCUGACGACGCUGUCCGGAGCCUGUUCAGAGAGGGGCGCCAUUGUCCCUGAGAUCCAGGUUGUCCAGGAGGAGGUGCGAGUCCCCGGCACACACCUGCGCCUGGCUUACCUGAGCAGCCGCUCUGCAGGCUACAAGGCUGUGCUGAGAGUCACCCUGACCCAUGCUGCCAUCCCCUUCAGCCUGAUGAAAGUGCACCUCAUGGUGGCCGUCGAGGGCCGACUCUUCAGGAAGUGGUUUGCGGCCACGCCCAGCCUCUCCUACGAUUUUGUCUGGGACAAGACAGACGUCUACAGCCAGAAGGUGUAUGGCCUGACCGAGGCCUUCGUGUGUGUGGGCUUUGAGUACGAGUCGUGUCCUGAUGUGAUCCUGUGGGAGAAAAGGACAGCUGUCCUGCAGGGUUACGAGAGCACGGCAUCAAACCUGGGAGGCUGGAGCAUAGAUAAACACCACACCCUCAACAUUCAGAGUGGCAUCCUACACAAGGGCAAUGGCGAGAAUGUCUUCAUUACCCAGCAGCCCCCAAUCAUUGGGAGCAUCAUGGGUAAUGGGCGGCGGCGCAGUAUUUCCUGUCCGAGCUGUAAUGGCCUGGCUGAUGGGAAUAAACUGUUAGCGCCUGUGGCUUUGGCCUGUGGCCCCGAUGGCAGCUUGUUUGUGGGCGACUUCAACUAUAUCCGCCGAAUCUUCACCACGGGAAAUGUCACGAGUGUACUGGAACUCAGAAAUAAAGAUUUCAGACACAGUAACAGUCCUGCACAUAAAUACUACCUGGCUACGAGUCCGGUGUCUGGGGUUCUCUACCUGUCGGAUACCAGCAGCAGAAAGGUGUUUAAAGUGAAGUCCCUGAACACUGUGAAGGAUGUAGCUAAGAACCUGGAGCUGGUUGCAGGAACAGGAGACCAGUGUCUCCCCUACGACGAGACCCGCUGUGGGGAUGGCGGCAAGGCAGUAGAAGCUACCCUCACCAACCCCCGAGGUAUUACAGUGGACAAGUAUGGAAUUGUCUUCUUUGUGGAUGGCACCAUGAUCCGCCGAAUCGAUCAGAAUGGCAUUAUCUCAACAUUGCUGGGCUUCAACGACUUGACCUCAGCACGACCCUUGAGCUGCGAUUCUGUAAUGGACAUCUCUCAGGUUCGUCUGGAAUGGCCCACUGACCUCAUAGUAAGUCCCCUGGACAACUCCUUGUAUGUGCUGGAUAACAAUGUGGUGCUGCAGAUCUCUGAGAACCACCAGGUGAGGAUCGUGGCGGGGCGGCCCAUGCACUGCCAGGUUCCCGGCCUGGACCACUUCCUGGUCAGCAAGGUGGCCGUCCAUGCCACUCUGGAAUCUGCCAACGCCUUGGCGCUAUCUCACAGCGGUGUCCUCUACAUCGCGGAAUCCGAUGACAAGAAGGUUAACCGUGUGCGGCAGGUGUCCACCAGCGGGGAGAUCUCACUGGUGGCUGGUGCCCCCAGUGGGUGCGACUGUAAGAACGAUGCCAACUGUGACUGCUACUCAGGUGAUGAUGGCUACGCUAAAGAUGCUAAGCUUAACUCGCCGUCCUCGCUGGCUGUCUGUCCGGACGGCGAGCUCUUCAUCGCUGAUCUGGGGAACAUACGGCUCCGCUACGUUCGGCCGAGCAAGCCGUACCUCAACUCUCUCGGCAUGUACGAGGUGUCCGCGCCGAUCGAUGACGAGCUGUACCUGUUUGAUGCCAAUGGCAGCCACAUCUACACCCAGAGCCUUACCACAGGUGACUACCUGUAUAACUUGACCUACUCUGGAGAGGGAGACUUGAGUACCAUCACAGACAAGAACAAGAAUGCAGUGCUCAUUCAUCGGGACGCUACAGGGCUUCCUCUCUGGAUAAAGACCCCUGACAGCCAGACCUUCUGGUUCACCAUUGGAACUAAUCAUGCCCUCAAAAGUGUUACUGCCCAGGACCAAGAGCUCGUGAUGGUGACCUAUCAUGGCAGUUCAGGGCUACUGGCCACAAAAAGCAAUGAAGAUGGUUGGACCACUUUCUAUGAGUAUGACAAUUACGGGCGGCUGACAAACGUGACCUACCCUACAGGCAGAGUGAGCAGUUACAGGACUGACUCUGACGGUGCAGUACGGGUGCAGGCUGAGGGCUCUAACAGGGAGGACAUCACUGUGACCACCAACCUGUCGGCCUCUGGAACAUUCUACACUCUCAUGCAGGAUCAGGUAAAGAACAGUUACUACAUUGGACUGGAUGGCUCGUUGCAAUUGGUGCUGGCCAAUGGAAUGGAAGUGUCUCUGCACACGGAGCCACACCUGCUGUCGGGCACCGUGAACCCCACAGUCAGUAAGAGGAACGUCACUCUGCCCAUUGACAAUGGCCUCAACCUAGUGGAGUGGAGACAGCGCAAAGAACAGGCGCGGGGACAAGUAACGCUGUACGGACGUCGGCUGAGGGUCCAUAACAGAAAUCUGUUGUCCAUGGACUUUGACCGCAUUACCCGAACAGAGAAAGUGUACGAUGACCACAGGAAAUUCACGCUAAGAAUCCACUACGACCACGCGGGCAGACCCACGCUGUGGGCUCCGAGCAGCCGCCUGAAUGGGGUCAACGUCACCUACAACCCUGGUGGGCAUGUGGCUGGCAUCCAAAGGGGCACCAUGUCAGUUCGAAUGGAAUAUGACCAAAAUGGAAGAAUCACUUCACAUAUAUUUGCAGAUGGAAAGUCAUGGAGCUACACCUACCUCGAGAAGUCCAUGGUGCUGAUGCUAUACAGCCAGCGGCAGUACAUCUUUGAGUUUGACAAGAAUGACCGCCUCUCAUCUGUCACCAUGCCCAAUGUGGCCCGGCAUACCCUGGAGACCACACGCUCCAUUGGUUACUAUAGAAACACAUACCAACCCCCUGAGGGCAAUGCCACCAUGCUGCAGGACUACAGUGAAGAUGGCCUGCUUCUGCAGACUCUCUACCAGAGCACAGGACGCAGGGUAAUUUAUAAAUACGGCAAGCUCUCCCGCCUGCUUGAGAUUCUGUACGACACCACACACGUCACUUUCUCGUACGACGAGGCAGCCGGCAUACUGAAGACAGUAGCCCUGCAGAGUGAGGGCUUCACCUGCACCAUCCGGUACCGGCAGAUCGGCCCACUCAUUGACAGGCAGAUCUUUCGCUUCAGCGAGGAAGGGAUGGUCAACGCCCGCUUCGACUACAACUAUGACAAUAGCUUCCGGGUCACCAGCAUGCAGGCCGUCAUUAACGAGACACCAUUGCCUAUCGACCUGUACCGCUAUGACGACGUAUCCGGCAAGACGGAGCAGUUUGGCAAGUUUGGGGUCAUCUACUAUGACAUCAACCAGAUCCUAACAACUGCUGUCAUGACCCACACAAAACACUUUGACGCCUACGGCCGUGUGAAGGAGGUACAAUAUGAGAUCUUCCGUUCGCUCAUGUACUGGAUGAUGGUUCAGUAUGACAGCAUGGGCCGAGUGAUAGCCAAGGAGUUGAAGGUGGGUCCUUAUGCUAACACCACACGGUACACGUACGAGUACGACGCCGACAGCCAGCUCCAGGUGGUGUCCAUGAACGAUAAGCCCUUAUGGCGCUACAGCUAUGACCUGAAUGGCAACUUGCACCUCCUGAGCCGAGGCAGCAGUGCCCGGCUCACGCCACUACGCUACGAUGUCCGGGACCGCAUCACACGACUAGGAGAUGUUCAGUACAGGCUGGAUGAAGAUGGCUUCCUCAGACAAAGAGGCAACGACUUCUUUGAGUACAAUUCUGCCGGCCUGCUAGUCCGAGCCUACAGUAAGGUGGGCGGGUGGAGCGUGGCGUACCGCUACGACGGCCUUGGACGCAGGGUGUCCAGCCGGAGCAGUCCUGGUCACCAUCUGCAGUUCUUCUACGCCGACCUCUCUAGCCCCACCAGAGUCACCCACAUGUACAACCACUCCAGCUCUGAGAUCACCUCCCUCUACUAUGACCUGCAGGGCCACCUGUUUGCCAUGGAGCUGAGCAGUGGGGAUGAGUUCUAUGUGGCCUGUGACAAUAUCGGCACACCGCUGGCUGUGUUCAGUGGUUCAGGCCUCAUGAUUAAACAGAUUCUUCAUACAGCCUUUGGGGAGGUCUACCAGGACUCCAACCCCAGCUUCCAACUGGUGGUGGGCUACCAGGGUGGCCUCUAUGAACCCCUCACAAAGCUGGUACACAUGGGCCGCAGGGACUACGACGUCCUGGCUGGCCGCUGGACCACUCCUGACCACGACAUCUGGAAACAACUGAACAGUAACAACAUUGUGCCUUUCAACCUCUACAUGUUCAAGAACAACAACCCCCUGAGCAACAGUCAAGAGACUAAGUGCUACAUGACAGAUGUGAACAGCUGGUUGGUCACAUUUGGUUUUCAGCUGUACAAUGUUAUUCCUGGCUAUCGCAAACCAGUCACAGACGCCAUGGAGCCGUCUUAUGAGCUCAUCCACACCCAGAUGAAGACACAAGGCUGGGACAGCACUAAGUCUGUGCUGGGUGUGCAGUGUGAGGUUCAGAGGCAGCUGCAGGCCUUUGUGCGGCUGGAACACUUCCAGCAGAUCUACGGGGCAAGCUCCGAUGGCUGCGUGCAGUCUCCGCUCCGCACAGCAUUCGCCUCUGGACCCUCACUCUUCAGCAAGGGUGUCAAACUUGCCGUGCGAGGAGGUCGCGUGAGUGCCGACAUCAUCAGCCUGGCCAGCGAGGACGGCCGGCGGCUGGCCGCUGUGCUGAACCAGGCUGUAUACCUCCAUGACCUGCACUUCACCGUCAAUGGUCUGGACACCCACUACUUUGUGAAAGCAGGCCCAGUAGAGGGAGAUCUGGCCCUGCUAGGCAUGACGGUGGGGCGGCGCACGCUCGAGACAGGCGUGAACGUAACCGUGGCGCAGGUGAACGCUGUGCUGGGCGGGCGCACGCGCCGCAUCACGGAUGUCUUGCUGGAGCAUGGCGCUCUGAGCCUGAACGUGCGCUACGGUAGCAGCACCGAGGAGGAGAGGGCCCGCGUGCUGGAGCUGGCUCGCCAGCGUGCGCUGGCUGCCGCCUGGGCACGUGAGCAGCAGCGGGUGCGGCGCGGCGAGGAAGGGUCGCGGGCGUGGACCGACAGCGAGAGGCAGCAGCUGCUGGUCUCGGGCCGGGUGCAGGGCUACGAGGGCUACGCCACGGUGUCUGCCGACCAGGUCCCCGAGCUGGCCGACAGCCUCAGCAACAUCCACUUCCUGCGACAGAGUGAGAUGGGCCGCAGGUGACACGUCCAAGCUGAACUCCGCUGACCGCAGCGUCCAGGAUCCAGGAUCCCACAUCCAGGAUCCAGCGACCAGCAUCCAGGAUCCAGGACUACUUGCCAAAGACAAAAUUGCUUAUGUGACCACUGUUGAUUUUUUGUUUUCUUCUUUAGACUUUUUUUACAUGAUGGUAAGCAGUUGUGCUGCAUUAACAUCUGAGAGCUGUUUUUCUUUUGGAGCUUUUUCCUCGCUGAGUGUCUGGUGGAGGGAUGUUCAGCUCCACCUCAGCUCCACCUCCCUGUCUGCACAUCUGCUCAGAGGAGCCCUGGAUCGCUUCGUGGUGAUCACGCUGGCGUUCAGCUACACCUCCUCCUGCCUUUGUCCCUCGCCACAGCCAAGGAGAGAGUUUUUUAAUCACUUCUUUUUAUACUUGAAAGUCUGACAACACUCACAAGCGUACAGGGGAGUCUAAGCCCACCCCUCUGAAUGGCCCCAACUGGCCCCUUUUCAUGCCUAUCCUGUCAUUUGACAUUUUAACACUGGUUGACUGCCUAAUAUUUGUUUAAUAUCUAAAUAUGACCAAAUAGAUAAAAAGGAAAGUAUAAUCAAAGCGGGCAUACUCACAGACAAAAAUGUGAACAAAACUUUAAUGAGACAUUUGUCUAAAAUAUUGACAAAACUGAUAAGUUGCCUGUGGUCUGUCAAGAUUUUAAUGAAAAUUAAGAUGACACUGAGAACAGAGUGGAAUUAAGGUUUCUGUAUUAAAAUAAAUAUUUUACUAAAAUAGUUCAAACACACUCCAAAUUUACUUCAUAGCUGCAUCUAUAAAAGAACAGUAUAGCUAAUGUGAAUACGUUACUAAUGUGAACUGUUGUCCCCUUUUAUUGCUGACUGUUGUAUUUGAGCAGAACCCAGUGUUUCGAAACAUGUUAUUAAGUGUAUAUAUAUAUAUAUAUAUAUAUAUAUAUAUAUAUAUAUGUAUGUAUGUAUGUUUGAGAAUGUCAAAUGGUUCAAUUAAUUGUUUGGUUUUACUGUUAACAAAAAGAAAGUUUUUAAUAUGCUAACCCUUUCCUUUUAAGGAUAACACUAUUUAAUUUCGUAACCUGAUUUUUUUAGGCAAUAUUCUUACUCAUAUGUUUGCUUUGUGCAACAGACAUGGAUGCGUAAUAAAACAAACAGCACAUUACUGAGCACCGCCCUCAGGUGGGGUCAUUACCGAAACCUGCCCUCAGACAGGGUCAUUACUGAAACCUGCCCCCAGAUGUACCCAUCACUGAAACCUGCCGUCAGACGGUGUCAUUACUGAAACCUACCCUCAGAUGGGGUCAUUACUGAAACCUGCCCCCAGAUGUACCCAUCACUGAAACCUGCCGUCAGACGGGGUCAUUACUGAAACCUACCCUCAGAUGGGGUCAUUACUGAAACCUGCCCCCAGAUGUACCCAUCACUGAAACCUGCCGUCAGACGGGGUCAUUACUGAAACCUAACCUCAGAUGGGGUCAUUACUGAAACCUGCCCCCAGAUGUACCCAUCACUGAAACCUGCCGUCAGAUGGGGUCAUUACUGAAACCUGCCCUCAGACGAGGUCAUUACUGAACCCUGCCCUCAGGAGGGGCUAUUACUGAACCCUGCCCUCAGAUGGGGUCAUUACUGAUAUUUGUCCUUUGAUGGGGUCAUUACUGAAACCUGCCCUCAGAAGGGGCCAUUCCCUUUGACAGACAUGCUGAAGCAUGUUGUGGCCUAAGCAUGGUAAACUGAACUAAGGGCAGAGUCAAAGCCCAGAGGGACCCCUGAGCAUAGGGCCCCCACUGCCCGAGGGGCGAUAUGGCCAGUGCGUGUGGGAUCCUGGGAUCCAGUCUGGCAGACUCCUGUCUGUAUGUGACGUGCUGCUUCCUUCGUGUCUUUAACUCACCUCCACAUCAUGUCCAUUAGAGCUCCUUUCUGGUUUUAAAAUGCCUCAGUUAGAACAAAAUGGUGUUAAUGUGUUAACAUUAUGUCUUGCUGACCCCUUCAUAUGAGGUCCUACUGACCCCCUCAUAUCAGAUCCUGCUGACCCCCUCAUUUGAGUGGACAGCAGGUCAUCCUGAGUCCAUCAUCAUCGUGUGUGUGAUGGGGACGUGUUAGGAGAUGAGUAGUUAGUGAUUACGUGUUUCCACCUGUAAUGCUGUCUGCAUUGUUUUAUUUGGAUGUCAGUUGGCUGUUGGACAAUGACACUACAUCAGACAAUAUCGCUGUAUUUAAAAAAACUGAAUGAAAGAAAAAACGUGACUGCACUGGCAACUGCGUUGUGAAGCUGUAAUUAUUUUCUAAAGUUUUGGACUCAGUUGAUUUUUUUUUUCUCAACACUGUGUUUCUAACGCUGUAAAUAAGAGAAGACAAAUGAGCUGUAAAUAAAAGUCAAAUGUAGAAGACACCUUGUAGAGCUACAGCAGGCUGUCUGUGUAGUCUGUAGCUACAGCAGGCUGUCUGUGUAGUCUGUAGCUACAGCAGGCUGUCUGUGUGACUAGCUACAGCAGGCUGUCUGUGUAGUCUGUAGCUACAGCAGGCUGUCUGUGUGACUAGCUACAGCAGGCUGUCUGUGUAGUCUGUAGCUACAGCAGGCUGUCUGUGUAGUCUAUAGGCAAAGAGGAAAAAAUAAAGAAUAUUUUGUGUUUA